GAAUAAGACCAAAUCCCUCCCCGUCCUCUCCCUCGCUCACCCCUUACUAUUCUCCACCCAAAUCUGACCCUCCCCGCAAUCCACCUCGUGCGAGGUCUCAACCGACGCGACGCGAUACGCACCACACGCGAGCCGAGCCGAGCCGAGACGAGACCCAUCUAGGGUUAGGGUUCCGCGGCGGCGGCCAUGGACGAGACGGCCCUGGCGGCGGCGAGGGGGAUGUGGACGCAGUGGGAGGAGGUGGCGGUGUCCAACGACCGGGGCCGGCGCCUCGUGCACUACUUCCUCCGCGGCGCGGGGGAGGAGAGGGAGCUGGCGGUGGUGGGGCGGGAGCGGAGCCCGCGGCACAUGUCGUACGCCGUGCAGGGGCGGUUCCUCCGCUCGCUCGCGGCCGCCGCGGGGGCUGCGGCGGUGGCGCCGUCGCCGUCACGGUCGCCCGCGGCGGCCGGGGCGGAGGGCGGUGCCCCGAGGAAGUUGCGGUCGAGGCGGGAGGUCGUGGACUGGCUGUCCUCCCUCGUUUCCGGUUGUAAUUAUGGUUCCCCCUCAAUGGCUAAUAGGUUCAAUGGCAGUUCAUAUGAUGACAAUGAUGUUAACUGCACUGAAGUUAUUGCUUCAAAGGAUGUUUCUUCUAGGGAAAUUUCUAAAGAUUUCACAUGGUUAGGAACUGCAUGGCAUUGCCAAAAACGACGGAAGCACUACAAAUCUUUCUGCCGUAGGGGAAUCACUAUUUCGGUGCAUAGUUUUGUAUACAUCAUGAGUGAAGAGAUGAAGAGACUCAUUGCCUAUGUGGAGGAUCUCUAUGAGGAUACAAAUUUAUACAACAUGGUCAAGGUACGAUGGUUUGACAAAGUUGAUGAGGUUGGUGCUCCGUUGCCCAUGGAUGUUGAUGACGCAGAGAUUUUCUUUUCUCUUGGUCGUCAAGAUCUCAGUGUUGAAUGCAUUGAUGGAUUGGCUACAGUCCUGAGUGCUCAGCACUUUGAGAAGUUCAAGAGUGGCGCCAAAUACAGUUAUUGGCAACCUUAUCUUUGCCGCUGGCUGAUUGACAAUGAUGAAUUCAAGCCUUUUGACAUCACCCAGCUACAAGGGUAUUGGAGCCAGGAAGUACUUAGGACCAUGUUCAAUGCAUCUUCCUCUCUGAAGGUGCGUUUCAAGUUCACUAAAGCUGGACCCAAUUCAGAUGUUGGGCAGAAGAGGAAGCGUGAUGCAUUGAACGAUGAUGCUAAUCCACAGAUGUUCCUUAGUUCUGGUGCAUCCGGUUCUGAUUUUCUUAAGGAUGCUCUGGAUCACAAACACUUAUAUCCUGGUUGCCAUGCUGAAGUUCUGUCACAAGAUAGUGGUAUAAGGGGCUGUUGGUUUAGAUGUUUGAUUUUGAAAAGGCAUAGAGAUAAAACCAAGGUGCGCUACCUAGAUCUUCAGGAUGCUGAUGAGACAGGAAACUUGGAGGAGUGGGUUAUGCUAACAAGGGUUGCUAAACCUGAUCACUUGGGCAUACGUUCCCUUGGACGGCCAAUGGUUCGCCCGCAACAUGUGCAAGACAGUAAGGCUCCAUUUGUCUUCGAUGUUGGAGCCAUUGUUGAUACAUGGUGGCAUGAUGGCUGGUGGGAGGGAAUUGUAUUGCGGCAGGGAAAUCAUGGACGUCUACAAGUUUAUUUUCCAGGAGAAAACCGAGUCUCUGAGUUUGGCGAAGAUGAUUUGAGGCAGUCCCUUGAGUGGGUUGGUAGCAAAUGGAAUCCUUUGAAUGAAAGAAAAGAUAUCGCAAGCAAACUGUGUUCAACUACAAAUUGUGAAGGUGAAUAUUUGAUUGGCAAACAAAUUUCAUAUAUAGGUAACAAAUCUCCAAAACCAGAACCGCAAAUGGAGGGCCUUCGAUUUGACGAGAGGUGUGAUGACAAAUCUUUCGUCAGCAAGAUAUCACGUGAUCAAAAACGUGUUCUCGCUGAUCUCACAAAUGAUCUGAAGUUUGAUAACCUGAAGUGGAGGCCUAGAAAGCGGAGUAGAAGAUCUGGCUCAAAAAGGCAGUCGGACACUAGCAGCGGGAGCAGCAGCCAGGGAUACAUGGAGUCGUCCAGCCCCAGUGGAAGUUUUGUGCAGCUUAAUUCAGCGCCUGAUGAGGAAAUAUGCAAGAGCAGUGGAGAACAGCGUUUUAUGGGUGUCCCAGUGCAGGUUUCCAAUCUGGUGAUGUCCAGAUGAAAGCCAACUUAUGAGCAUUCGAAGGCUAACAUGUUUAUGCUCUUCCUUUCUGGAGUUCACCAGCCUCGGUGAGAUGUUAUUUUGUGCAUCCCCAGGUUAUUUUGUCAGCACUGCCAGGAUCCAGAUCUUGGGAGUUUUGAAGGCUCGUUCCCUCUGAUUUCUUAGAUGUCACCGAAGGAACAGAAUACUGUUUGUAUUUAUGACUGACCUAGACAAGUUCUACCUGUUCUCUAUAACAUUCUAGGAGUUCAUAGGAGCUUUAACUAGUCUUGUUUAGUAGGGGGAAGAAUGGCUGAGUUUUGUUUACGGUUUCUAGCUUUCCUUUUUUGACAAUCCAACUGUUAAGUUUGUUCAUCCAGUCUUGUAGCUGCAGUGCGUCUUGUAUAAGUUACACUGAAUGAAAGCAUAGUGCUUCUGUUAUUUCCAAA